UAUUGCCAAAAAAAACCUCUGAAUUCAGCUCACAUUUUCUCUCGUCUUUUCCCCUUCAACCCCCAGUCUCAAUCCUCAAUAUCUACUCCACCCAUAAACCUAAGAACACCAACAAACAACAACCCUACACGCACUCACACACACAUAUAUAUAUAUAUAAGUAUAAACAUACAUUGAUCAAACAGUGCUAGCUGAAUUACAAAUAAUGAAUUACAUGUUCGGAAAUGAAGAAUGCAGCAGCGGUUGCGAGUCAGGCUGGACUCUUUACUUGCAACAGUCUUCAAUUUCCACUUACGAAUCGCCCGAGCAUCGGACCAAGAUAAUAUCGAAUGAAGACGAAGAUCUGUCCAUGGUGUCGGACGCCUCGUCCGGGCCGCCACAGCUGCAUGAGGAAGAAGGCUGCGGAGGAAACGACAAAAACAACUGCUUCUUUAACUACUCUACCACCCUUACCAAACCCUUGUCCAAAACCAGAGAAAAUCGAUGCCGGAAAAAGGUGCAGGAGCUCGACGACACUGCUAGCUCCCAGCUUUACAAUAAAGCAAGAAGUCAGGCUUCGGUGGAGAAUGUGGUGGAAAUGGAAUAUUCACAAGGCUACUCCUCAACUCAAUUUGAAGUGAGACCUGCAUAUCAGGAGGAGCAUUAUCGUUUCUUGCACUCUGGAAAUCAACUGCAGCACCAAAACCAGUGGUUUGAAAUCGAAGGUAAAAGGUGGUGAAGAAAUGGAACAACAUUGAUCAACUGUCCUAUGUUAGCUGCUGUAAUAAUGUUAAAAAAAGCUAUGUUUUUAAAAUGGUGAAAUUGAAUCUCAAAAAAGGGGUUUUUGUUUCC